UUUAUAAAAAGUGACCGCAGAUCGCGUGCAUUUCCUCUGCUAUCUUCCUGCAUCGCCUGUCAUAGUUGCAUAUAGCUUUAUAAUAAGACGAAAUCUGUGCUCUUCUUUUCCAAUCAUCUCGCAAGUAGAACCAUUGUUGUCAAAUGAAUAGUGCUCCUCACGUCGGAUCAUUACCUCAUUAAGAUUUCCAAGCUAACCCUCACACGCAAUGGCUGAAGAGCGGACCUUCGAACCUAUAGCUGCUGGAAGAGGAUCAGAGAGCCGUCCACGCCCUGGAAACCGAUCACGUUCAAGUUCAAGAUCAAUCAGAUCGCGGCUGAGUUCAGGACCAAAUUUAGGUCGAGUAUAUUCUGCGCAGACAUUUGAUGAUCACUAUGGUGUAUAUUCCACACCACCGUCACCGAAUGCGGAGGGAAAAAACCUACCUGUCGCCGAGGAUGGUGCGGACUCAGUGAACAUCUCGAGUGAAGCGGAGACUUGGAAAGAUCAAGAUCGAGAUCUAGAAAAACAAGAGACAGAAGAGGAACUUCCAGAGCCUGAGCCAGAGAUUCGUUUCGGCAUUCCGAACGAGCGAGAUUUCAGGAGCGAGGGUGAAGAAGAAGAAGAAAUCGGAUUAGAGAAGACGAAGACAGGAAGGUCGUUAAAGCGAGAUCCCACUGUGGUAGACUGGGAUGGCGCCGACGAUCCAGAGAACCCAAAGAACUGGAGCAUGAAACGAAAAUGGGCGGCAACAUUUGUUGUCAGCGCCUUCACAUUCAUUUCGCCGGUUUCAUCUUCAAUGGUUGCGCCUGCACUAACGAAAGUCGCGGCCGACUUUCAUAUCACGAACGAGACCGAAACCGCUUUGGUGCUCUCUAUCUUCGUGCUUGCUUAUGCAAUUGGGCCUCUUUUCCUCGGUCCUCUGAGCGAGGUGUACGGCAGGGUUCGGGUAAUUCAGUACAGCAAUCUUUUUUUUCUCGCCUGGAACAUUGGCUGUGGCUUUGCUCAAAGUUCUGGUCAGAUGAUGGCAUUUCGUUUUCUUUCCGGUCUUGGUGGCAGCGCUCCUCUAGCGACUGGUGGUGGGGUUUUGAGCGACAUAUUCACAGCUGACCAGAGAGGAAAAGCCAUUGGAAUUUACUCGCUGAUGCCGCUUCUUGGGCCAGCAGUUGGUCCCAUAGCCGGUGGCUUUAUUGCGGAGAAAACAACCUGGAGAUGGUGCUUUUGGAGCACUUCCAUCUUGACCGUUGUCGUUCAGGUGAUCGGCUUCUUCUUUUUGCAGGAGUCCUACGCGCCAACGCUUUUGCGCCAGAAGGCUGCCAAGCUUAGGCGGGAAACGGGAAACGAGAAGUUACACACACCAUUUGACUCCGAAAAGAAAUUGUCAAAGGUUCUUCGUGUAGCCUUGGUUCGACCGUUUCGCCUUCUGUUCACGCAAAUUAUUGUCCAGGUUAUUGCAGUUUACAUGGCAUACCUUUACGGCCUAAUGUAUCUGUUACUGUCAACAUUCCCUGGUUUGUGGACAAAUGCAUACCAUGAGAAUUCUGGCAUCGGAGGUCUCAACUAUAUAUCCUUGGGCUUAGGUUUCUUCCUCGGGACUCAAAUCACGGCUCCAUUGAUCGACCGCAUGUAUCGAAGGCUCAAAAAGCGUAACAACGGUGUUGGAAAGCCAGAAUUUCGGGUCCCGAUUAUGUUUGUGGGCAGCCUUUUCAUCCCAGUCGGUCUAUUCUGGUACGGUUGGAGCGCCAAAGCCCGUAUACAUUGGAUCAUGCCAAACAUUGGCGCGGUCAUCUUCUCCGCUGGUACUAUUGUGUGCUUUCAGUGCAUGCAAACAUACAUUGUCGAUAGCUACACGAGGUAUGCAGCAAGCGGCGUAGCAGCUGCGGUUGUUUUGCGAAGUCUUGCUGGAUUUGGUUUUCCUUUAUUCGCUCCGUAUCUCUACUCGAACCUAGGCUAUGGUUGGGGUAACAGCUUAUUGGGAUUUGUCGCUAUUGGCAUUGGUAUUCCUGCACCAUUUUUCUUCUGGUUCUACGGCGAAAAAUUGAGGGCUAGAAGUCAAUAUGCUGCCGGCUAACGAAGGAUUUUCAAAAGUUAUUAUUGCAUAGCAUUGAGGGACUCGAUCAUUCACGGUUAUUUUUCUGAAUGAUCUUCAUAGUUUCUUUCAGCAUAGUUCAAUGUUUAUAUCUGCAGGAGAGCUGCAGUUCUAACGCUUAGGUAGAUGCAUAGUGAGCAGGAUUGAGUCCUACCUCGACUGCCUUAAUUUGUAAUGCCAGGUUUAAAGAUCCUGGACGAUUAAAUGCA